GGCGGCGGCGGCAGGAGCUGCUUCGCGGUGCCGCAGCCCCGGGAGCGGCGAGGCCACCCCCAGCCCGGUCCGCCCCGGCACCAUCGCCCCUCCGGACGGGCUGCCCCUCUCCCGAGCCUUCCUCCGAGCCCUGGGAAGGCGGAGAACUGCCCGGGGGUGCCUGGUAUCCACAGUUAGUUAUUGAGGCAAAAUCACUCUGGAGGUUCCAUCUCCGAAAGCUCCUGUUUCCAGAAAUGACAUUUCAACACCAACUUCUCAGCGUUGCCAUAGUGGUAGUAGCUAUGCUGUGGCAGAACAGGAAUUGCUUCUCGAACUGACCAAGGUCAUAAGAGGGUUGUGACACUUCAGGUUCAGUGUAAUCUCAUUGGGCAACAGAAGUGGAACUUGUCUGUCCAAAAUGGUUUACGGUGAAUUUUUCCGCAGACCUGGCAAAGAUACAGAACUUAUCAAUUUGAAUGUGGGUGGCUUUAAGCAGUCAGUGGAUCAAAGCACCUUGCUCCGAUUCCCCCAUACUAGACUCGGAAAACUUCUCAAAUGCCAUUCAGAAGAGGCUAUUUUAGAACUGUGUGAUGAUUAUAGUGUUGCAGAUAAAGAAUAUUACUUUGACAGAAAUCCUUCCUUGUUCCGAUAUGUUCUGAAUUUUUACUAUACGGGCAAACUCCACGUUAUGGAAGAACUCUGUGUCUUUUCCUUCUGCCAGGAAAUAGAGUACUGGGGGAUAAAUGAGCUGUUUAUUGAUUCCUGCUGCAGCAAUCGGUACCAAGAAAGGAAAGAAGAAGGUCCUGAUAAAGACUGGGAUCAGAAGAGCAAUGACAGUAUAGACUCCUCUAAUGAAGAGUCGUCCAUAUUUGAUAAAGAGCUAGAAAAGUUUGACAAUCUGUGUUUUGGUGAAAUAAGAAGGAAGAUCUGGGUCAGAAUGGAAAAUCCUGCAUACUGCUUGUCUGCCAAGUUAAUUGCCGUGUCAUCCCUGAGCGUUGUCCUGGCAUCAAUUGUGGCCAUGUGCAUUCACAGCAUGCCAGAAUUUCACAGGGUGGAUGCCCAUGACAGGGAGAUUGAAGACCCUGUGCUGGAAGCUGUGGAGAUUACGUGCAUCAUCUGGUUUACUGGUGAACUAGCGAUCAGGCUCAUCGCCGCUCCAAGUCAAAAGAAGUUCUGGAAGAAACCACUCAAUAUUAUUGAUUUUGUCUCUAUUAUCCCAUUUUAUGCCACACUGGCUGUGGACACAAAGGAAGAAGAAAGCGAAGAUAUUGAAAACAUGGGGAAAGUGGUUCAAAUCCUGCGGCUAAUGAGGAUAUUUCGCAUCCUGAAGCUGGCCAGGCAUUCCGUAGGACUGCGGUCUUUAGGUGCCACUCUGAGACAUAGCUAUCAAGAAGUUGGACUGCUGCUUUUGUUUUUGUCUGUUGGGAUUUCUAUUUUUUCAGUGCUUGUCUACUCAGUGGAGAAAGAUGACGACUCAUCAGAACUGCAGAGCAUCCCUAUUUGCUGGUGGUGGGCAACCAUUAGCAUGACCACUGUUGGUUAUGGGGACACUUACCCAGUCACACUUGCUGGAAAGCUGCUCGGCACCCUAUGCAUUAUCUGUGGGAUACUGGUGGUAGCACUUCCAAUCACCAUCAUUUUCAAUAAGUUUUCUAAGUACUAUCAAAAGCAAAAAGCUAUUGAUACAGACCAAUGCAACAAUGAUCGCAAAGAGAAGUGUAACGACCUACCCUAUUUUAACAUUAGGGAUAUUUAUGCAAAAAAGAUGCACUCUUUCAUUUCUAGCCUUUCUUCAGUAGGAAUUGUAGUCAGCGACCAAGAUUCAACAGAUGCCUCCAGUAUCCAAGAUAUGGAGGAUGUUUAUAACCCGAUAUCUUUAGAGAAUAGUACAGGAAAAUGAGUUGAACCUUGUUCUCUUCCCUUUAGUUCUCUUCUGAUUCUUGGUAAAUGUGGACUUAAAAACUUCUGUGAAUUCAUUAAGAGCAGUCAAUUCUCAGGGUACUUAACUCUCAGCCAUAUUUGGACAUUCUUUGCUCUGAGGAUGCCAUAAAAACUUCAUUGAUUAUAUGAGGCUUUAAAAUAUGCCUCAUGUGGUGGUUUAGUUUUUACACACUAAUGUUAUGCAUUUUUGGGGAGAAAAAGUUGGGAAAACAGUUUUAAAUAUGAGAUCAGUGCUUUUUUGGUUUCGUUAGUAUUGUUGUUUGAUUUUUUGUUUUUUUUUUUUUUCCCCUGCAGCAGUCUGAUAUACAAAAUUGGCUAUUGUAAUUUGCUGCUCUUCAGGUAGAAAUAUAUUACAAACAUGUAAGAACUAUUGCACAAGUUAGUGAAGUUUUUACCUGCAAAUACAUUAGAUGAAAGAAGGAAUUAUGUACACAUAAAUCUGUGCUCACUAACAUAUUUAUGUAAUCGUAGAGUUGGGAACCUGUUUCCUAAGUCGGGGCAGAAAAUAUAUUGGCACAUAAUGUUUUUACUCCAUGGAAGCGUAAUAUUUAUGAAUUUCUUUCCAAAAGCACAAUACAUUUUUAGUUUGUUAAAAUAAA